GGUGAUAUAGUAAAAUUUCCAACGUCGUAAAAUACAUUUGACGUCCUCUAAAACAACAAUAACAACUUCAAAUAGAAAUGGCUGCAGCGUAUAGAGCAGUGAUUAAAUACGCUGACAGAUUUGUUCCUGCGCGUCUUCAGCCAGUAUGGAACCAUCCGGCAGGACCUAAAACAAUCUUCUUUUGGGCACCUUCAAUGAAAUGGUGCCUCGUCAUAGCUGGUAUUGGUGAUCUAUCCAGGCCGGCUGAGAAGCUGUCCACAUUUCAGUCUUCUGCACUUGCUUGUACAGGUCUGAUUUGGUCCCGCUACUCUGUGGUGAUUAUUCCGAAGAACUACAACCUGCUUGCGGUCAACUUCUUUGUGGCCUUGACUGGGAUGUACCAGCUGGGCAGGAUAUACAAUUAUCAACAGUCUCUGAAGAAAUAGCAAGUCAACAAAUUUGCAGCACAUUGCUCACAUAACCAGACGUUCAUCCCUACUCAUAGAAUAUAUUUUCAUCUGUGUACGUAAAUAACAUUUACUCUAGGAUUGUGUUAAAUUUGUGUUUUAAUGUCUGAAACAUUUUAAACAACUUUUCUACUGAAUUUAACAAAAAUUAGAUAUGCACAUAUUUGUUUUUUCAAGAGGUAAAUUUUGUGUGCAAUCUUAGGAAAAUGCCUGAUUGUACAUAAUUAAAUAAACAGAUACCGAUUAUUUUUUUCUUAAAUAGUUUGACUUGGCCUGCCAUGUGUGUAAAAUUCCUUAAAAUCAACUGUUUUGCCGGUAUAAUGACAUAAAAGACAGUUCAUCCAAUUAACUAAAAUGAGCUGCACAUUAAAAUGUCGGCAUUUAAGAUUAAAUCCAUUAGUUUGUCCAUUUAUUUCAUGUCCAGUGUGAAACUUAGGUCCGUGAAGACCUGCAAUCUUCAGUGUUUUAUUAUGCUACCUUUUUCAGUGAAAGUUGUUUGGACUUAUAUUUUCAAUUUUUACCAAGUAUUGAAUAAUGUUGAUGUUAUUUGGCAUGGUUUGCAAGCUGAAAUAAACUGGCACAUAGUUGUUGCAGGAUUAUUCAAUAAGCACACAUUUUUAUUAUCUACAUGUAAAUUGUUCAGUGCCGAAAACAAUUUUAUAGAGAAAGUUGGGUGUAUUACACCAGCACAUUUUAUUUGAAGUUUUUAUUCGUGUAUUGUUAUUUAACAUUCUAUUUAUUCAGAUUGUUUACUUAUAAUUUCCUACUGUUAUAAGAAGUGUUAGAAGCGUUACUGGUAGACAGCUUAUUUUGAAAUAUGGUCUAUCACUUAAGUUCAAAUAUAAUUUUAGGAGUUUACUCCCUUUGUCCAUGUAAACUGUAAAACACAAACUCUGUUUUGGGUUAUUCAAACAUCAUUUCCAACUGCUUUGAAGACAACAAUAGUUAAUAUAUUCAUGUUAUGUGAUAUUGUUUGUCAUAAAAUAGAAAAAAUUUGUACUGAUUUGAUACAAUAAAUGUUUCAUAUAAAACAA